GAUAGGACUGCGGUCGGGCAAGCAGAAUGGACCUGAACCACUCAAUACAUAAAUACGUCCUGUGUUCCUCCUUGACAUGUAGUUUCCUCUACUUUUUCCUCACCCAUCCACGGUCUUUGUGUUCAUCCAUAAUACUUUCCUUUUUUUCAUUCUUUUUCCUUUUCUUUUCUUGUUUCUGGAUAUCUUUCUUUAAAUUUAUCCUUACACUCAUUUUGCGGGCAAUACCUCCACUCAUUCGGUUCCUGCCCAGCGGCUUAUUCCAGAUCGUUUAUUAGAAAGUACAGCAUAAUACAGGAAAGAAACCCCAAAAAAGAUGCACGCCUCAACUCUCGUAUCCAUCUUGGCCGCCGCCAGCGCCGCCCUCGUCUCCGCCAACCCGGUCCUGGGGAGCGAGGGUCCCAAGGUCGCCAAGCUCGAGCGUCGCAUAUGGCCGCUUACGCGGAGACCAGCGACGCCCGCGACGCCUGCGGCGCCGCCGCCGCCGCCCCCGACGUGUCCGACCAUCUGGACCGCCCUUGGCGCCUUCAAGCCGACGACUGAUGGGCACUGCUGCGUGGAGGGCCGUUCAGACGCAGCUAAGAUGGACAACAAGGACGCACUUCACUGCUGCAAGCUCACCGCCACCACCCACCUGGCCGGCGCCCCGUCCGAGCUCCCUUGCACCAACUCCUACUUUACCAAGACGGCGUUUUUCAACACGCUGUGGAGGUGCAACACCGGCAGGCAGGCACCCGGUCUUUGCAGUGCAAACAACAUCCUGACGAUGCCCGAGGUCGUGAACAAGUACGCUCCCAAUGGCAAGCGUGUGACGUUUGGUUACGCGGCAGCCAAACGCCCCGACCCUGGAUACUCGCGGUUCAGAAAAAACCCCUUGGGCGACCCUGCGCCUGCACCCGUGCAGGUGGCGAAGCUCUGAGUGGGGUGGCUGCGACGUCUGGCUUUUUCGGCUGAUAGGUAAUGGCGUCACAAAAAGGAAAGAAAAAGAGGGGGGGAGCCUCUUUUGGAAUGAACAUCUCGCCCGUUG